GUAACAGGCUGGACGAAGGCUCUGACGUCGAAUCUGAACCAGACCUGCCUUUGAAGCGCAAGCAACGCCGCAGUCGGACCACUUUCACCGCUGAGCAGCUGGAGGAGCUGGAGAAGGCCUUCGAGAGAACCCACUACCCAGACAUCUACACACGAGAGGAGUUAGCUCAGAGGACCAAGCUCACCGAGGCCCGAGUUCAGGUGUGGUUCAGCAACCGAAGAGCGAGAUGGCGCAAGCAGGCGGGAGCAAACCAGCUCGCGGCUUUCAACCACCUGCUGCCGGGGGGCUUCCCGCCGACGGGGAUGCCGACUCUCCCCCCGUACCAGCUGCCGGACUCCACCUACCCAACGACCACCAUUUCCCAAGAUGGGGGAAGCACCGUACACAGACCCCAGCCUCUGCCGCCCUCCACCAUGCACCAGGGAGGGCUCGCCGCGGCCGCCGCCGCCGCCGACACCGGCUCUGCCUACGGGGCCCGGCACAGCUUCUCCAGCUACUCGGACAGUUUCAUGAAUGCUGCAGCUCCUGCCAACCACAUGAAUCCCGUUAGCAAUGGCCUCUCUCCACAGAAGCAGGGUGCCCAAAACAAGAUGCAGUGCUCCAGGUGGAACCUCACCAUAGCCUUGAACAAUCAGGUGAUGAGCAUCCUGAGCAACCCCAGCGGGGUUCCUCCGCAACCCCAGGCUGACUUCUCCAUCUCUCCCCUUCACGGUGGCUUGGACACCACCAACUCCAUCUCUGCCAGCUGCAGCCAGAGGAGCGACUCCAUCAAGUCCGUGGACAGCCUCCCGACUUCCCAGUCUUACUGUCCUCCCACCUACAGCACCACCAGUUACAGUGUGGACCCAGUGGCUGGCUACCAGUAUGGACAGUACGGACAAACUGCUGUCGAUUACUUGGCCAAGAACGUGAGCCUGUCCACACAGCGUAGGAUGAAGCUGGGAGAACAUUCAGCCGUUCUGGGCCUCCUACCAGUAGAGACGGGCCAAGCUUACUGAAGAGUCCGACUGUGCCAACAACCCACUCCAGCAUCUUGGUACCACUGGAGAAAACACCACCAGCCUUCCAGGGAUCUACCUGCACCCGGACCCUGCUCCUUUCCAAUUCCCUUCCACCUCGCACCAAUCUGAGCUGUGAAGGAGACGGGAAAGAGCGGGAGGGCUCUCCAAGUAUCCGGCUCCUUGCAGAGCAUUCUUCUCAGAGGCAAGCCUGGCCUCUGGGACCUGACUCCUCCUGUGGCCAGAGACAACGGGUUGGGUGCAUUUAUUAACCCCGAGUUCAUGCCCUCCCUCUACCUACCUGGCCAUGGCAUUUUGCCCAAGCUUAAGGACUUUCCAUUGAUCUAGGUAGUUGGCAUAGUCGAAGCCAAAUUGAUCUUUUUUUUUUUAAUUUGUAAAAAAAA